UGCUGGCAGCCGAGGUGGUGAAGUUCUUCUUCCCCGCCAUGGUGCAGCUGCACAGCUACGUGCCCGCCAGCUCCACGCCGCAGAAGUUGGCCAACUGGGGCCACCUCAACAGGAAAGUGCUGAGUAAGCUGAACUUCUCCGUCCCGGAUGACCUGAUCCGGCAGGUCGUGCAGUGCCGGCCGGGCACGGUGGAGCAGGUGCUGCUCCUGCUGCGGCAGAAGAUUGAGGAGAAGCAGAAGCAGAGCAGUGUGGUGCCUGGCCCAGGCCAGGAGCCGGGCGUACGGGCAGUGCUGGAAGAGGUCAGCUACCUGGAGACGGGCAGGGCUGGCUACUCAAAGGUGAAGACCGACGCUGGAGGAGGCUGUGCCCAGGCAUCUCCCGGGGCUGCCGGGUACGGGCUGCUGGUCCUGCCUACUG